AUGGCGGAUGCAUGUAACGUUUUUAUGAAUACAGUUCGAGGUGCUCUAGCUACCGCUGAAGCGGAGCUGGUGGAAAGUGGAAUUGACAAAAAGAAAGUGCAAAGUGCCUUGGAGGAGGUUAGGUCUUUGCUUCGGCCAAUUUCGUUUCGUCAUUUUGAGAGGCCUGAAGAAUUCAGGCACAAGGUCGGAGAAUUAUACCCUAUGUUACAAAGGCAGGCGAUAGGCUGGGUGAAGGAAUUCAAGCGACGGAUGACGCCUGGAUGUUCUGUAAAACACCCUUGGAAAGUAAUCGUGAAGGAAAAGCUUCCGAAGGAACUUUUUGAUAUGGUGGAAGCCACUGUUUCUCGGACAAGCUUUGGUGAGAUUAGCAUGAAAACACAAACAAAUUGUUUGUUUACCUUUACUUCACAGAAAGAAGUCAGAAAACUGUUUUCUGAUUUAACUGAUAAGAGUACUGGCCGAGGAAGUUUUCUGAAAAGAAGAUUGGAAGGGGGGAAACGAGUGGAAGCCAUUAUUGACAAGGAUAAACAAUUUGACGUGAAAUAUUCUUUUCAUAAGGAAAUGAUUAUAUUUGAGUUUUAUUAUGGCUAUUGGAAUGGACAUGGCUGGCCUCAGCAUAAUAUGUAA